UCGGAAGUUAGAAAAGUAGUGUGACAUGACUUGUUAUAUGAAGUGACUUGAGUGCGGUGUGUGACCUUGUGGGAAACGUCAAGGGACGGAGUCAAAGAUGCUGUCUAGGAACGGAGAAGUUUUCAGCAAACGAUUGAACUCAAAAUGGAGAAUUGCAAUUGUAACAGCCUGGUUGUUGGCCACGUGUGCUGUUGGGAGCAAUGUAAACGAGCCACCGAUUUUGGCAACUGGAGGCUAUCCAAUGGGAUUGACACUUCCCGAGUCAACACCUGUCGGAACGAAGGUCUUCACAUUAAAAGCACACGAUCCAGAGGGUUCACCUGUCAAAUAUGGAAUUCAAUUAACCGACAAGUUUGUCGUUAAUCCACAAACAGGCGUCAUAUCCCUCGCCAAACCUCUGAACCGUGAGGAAAAUGAUACUAUUCGAUUUCGAGUGACAUUGGAGGAUCAAGUUCCUGCAGGACAACAACCAAAUAUAGUUGGCGUUGAUGCAUACGUAAUUGUUCUCGAUGAAAAUGAUAAUCCACCACAAUUUGAGGGCACACCAUACGAGGCAGUUGCCGUUGAAGACACACCGGUUAACACGACUAUUUUACCAGCUAUUAAAGUCACUGAUCCCGAUUUGAUCGGCGAGAAUAUUGAACUCACCUGCAUUCCCCAACCACAAUUUCCCGAUGCCUGUGUAAAGUUUGGAAUUAAAGAUGUGGAGAAAAGCGAGAACAUGUACGUGGGUGCUCUUGUUUUGCGACAGCCACUUGACUACAAAGAGAGACCUUUCUACCAGCUGCUUCUCAUGGCGAGCGAUGGAUUGAAUAAUAAAACGACGGGCGUCGAAAUAAAAGUGGCGGAUAUUCAAAAUAGUCCACCGGAAUUUUUGGAUUCACUCACUGGAAUUGUUCGUGAAGACGAUCCGAUUGGCACAUUGGUGAUGACAGUAAAAGCAAGAGACGGCGACAGAGGAAUGCCAAGAAAGAUCUUUUAUGAGCUCGUCACAAAUCCGUUUGAUUAUUUUCUGUUGGAUCCGGUGAGUGGUGAAUUGAGAACAGCUAAACCACUGGAUAGAGAGGCUUUGCAGGAUUCGACUGGUGUUCUGACGUUGACGGUUAAGGCACGAGAGGUAAUCGACGGAGUGCCAGGAAACGACGCAUCGACAGUUUCGACGGCGGAAGCCACUGUGACCAUCAAAGAUGUCAAUGACGAACCACCUUCCUUCAAUCAACGCGAGUACAACAUUGAAAUUCCCGAGAAUGUUCCCGAUGGUACACCGCUUCCACAUUUGGACAUGACUGUCAAGGAUCCCGAUGUGGGAUCAAAUUCUGUAUUUUCCCUGGAAUUAGAAGAUAUAACCGGUGCAUUUGCCGUUGAACCGACCCAAGCGACCGGAAGUACCUCGGUCAAUAUACGUGUGACCAACGGCUCCCUAGACUACGAGAAUCCGAACCAGAGGAAGUUUAUCAUUCUGGUGAUUGCAAGGGAGAUGCACACUAAUCCAAAGCUAUCAUCGACUGCAACCGUGACCGUCAGUAUUAUCGAUGCUAACGACAACGCGCCUUCAUUUGCAAGUCCAACCUACACAGCCCUUGUUUCUGAAACUGCGACCCCGGGUAGUUCAAUUGCAACAAUUACUGCUAAAGAUCGUGAUAGUGGACGAUAUGGUGUGGCGGGAAUUAUUUACCAAUUAAUUGGUCAAGGCGCUGAACAUUUUGCGGUCGACAAAAAAACCGGAAGUAUUACCGUCGCAGCAUGUCCUACGCCUGGAACUUCACCCUGUCUCGAUUUUGAAGAACAAUCCGAGUACUUCCUGAAUUACAAGGCUACAGAUGACGAUGGUAAGGGUCAAACGACAAGUGUCUCGUUGAAAAUUGCCCUCUCGGAUGCAAAUGACAGUCCACCGCAUUUUUUACAAAAUAAAUAUCGUGCAGUUGUGGAUGAGGGCGCAGAGAAAUUUGAACCCGAACUAAAAGUCCAAGCACGUGACAAAGACAAGACAUCGAAAAUUACUUAUUCUCUAAUCGAUGGCAAUAACAUGGGUCUGUUUAACAUCGAUCCGGACACUGGAGUAAUUACCAUUGCCAACAAAGGCCCUGUUGACAUCACGAAUUCAAGUCACGAUUGGAUUGCUCUUACUGUUCAGGCCAGAGAUGGUGCAUUCACUGAUAAUACAACCGUCAACAUUACCGUUCGAGACGUUAAUAACAAUUCACCCGUAUUUCCACAUGAUCUUUAUACGGCCAGUAUUCCCGAAUUAUCAACUCCAGGAACAAUCGUUGAAGAGAUGCAGGCAACAGACGCAGACAGUGGUAUAAAUUCAGAGCUAACGUAUAGAAUUCAAAAAGGAGCUUUUGACGAUUUCGCAAUUAAUGAAACCACGGGAAUUGUCACGGUUUCAAGAAAACUAGACUACGAUGAAAGAAAUACGUAUCACGUAGAAGUUAUUGCUUUCGACAGUGGAACGCCGAGUUUAACAGGAACGACAACAUUAAUGAUCCAUGUGGAAAAUAGUAAUGACAAGCCGCCGUAUUUCACGCCGGAAAUUCAGAGAGCCGAAGUCACUGAGGACACGGCAAUUGGAACUGUUUUCACGACUUUAAAAGCAACUGAUCCCGAUAGUCCAAAGCCUGAGGCUCUUAAUUUUGCACUUUCAGAACCAAUAACGGCAAUCGAUCGCAAUGGUCAACAGGUUAAUGCAAGUAUUGUUGCAUUUAAAGAAUUCUUUGCGGUUGACAAGAAAACGGGACAAGUUUCGGUUGUUAAAUCUCUUGAUCGUGAUAUUGCGGCAACAGUUAGUGUCAAUGUUGUUGUUACGGAUAUAACGGCUCCCAGUUUACAGCAAGGUAAAGGUACACUGAUAAUCACCAUUAUCGAUGUGAAUCAUUUGCCACCGGAGUUUGGUAAGCCAUGGACAAAAGAGCAGCCCUAUUAUUCCAUUGAGAUGCAAGAGGAACAACCAACUGGUGCUGUUGUCGGUGCUUUCAUUGCAACUGAUGCCGACAGCAAUAUCGCUGGCUAUGCUAUUGAACCCCCGAGUCCUUACUUUAACAUCGACAAUGUUACUGGAAUAGUAAGAACGAGUCAACGUAUUGAUUAUGAGGAAACAAAACAACUUGAAUUCACUGUUGUCGCUUAUGAUUCAGGCGUUCCGCAACUUUCUUCAUCAGCUAAAGUCACAGUGUCGAUAAUAAAUGUAAACGAUCAGGAUCCAAUUUUUGAGCAACAGAUUUACAAUGCUUCGGUGAAAGAAAAUUCACCGGCUGGAACACAUGUGAUUGUUGUUAAAGCUAUCGAUGCCGAUGAGGGACCAUUUGGUCACGUCAGUUACAGUCUAAUCGGUGAACAUGCAUCCGACUUCAACAUCGGUCACGAAACUGGAGAGAUUACUGUGGGCGCGGCGACGGUUCUUGAUCGCGAAAUAGUACCGGAAAUUACAAUAACCGUAAUGGCGAGCGAUGAUGCACCUAUCGAUUCAAGAAGAUCGACAACGGGAACCGUUGUUGUUAAAUUGAUAGACGUUAAUGAUAAUCGGCCUAUUUUUACGCAACACAGUUAUAGAGCAUCGGUGGCGGAGAAUCUGCCAGUAAAUCCACCAGCUCCUAUACUUCAGGUUCGAGCUGUCGACAAUGACGAGGGAUCAAAUGGCGACGUUUGGUAUACAAUAAUUGACGGAAAUAAAGAUCAUUCAUUCACUUUAAAUCCGGAAACGGGAAUUUUAUAUCCAGCCGUGUCACUAUCGGGAAGAACUGGCACUUACAGAAUUGAAGUUGAAUCGCGUGACGGAGGUGGAAAGGGGCCACAUUCUGAUAGAUGUUACGUUGAUAUACGAGUAAUAUCAGUGAAUCAACACAAACCAGAAUUCAUAUUACCGGAAUUGACAAACGCCACUGUUGAAGUGCCCGAGAACGCCGGUGUGCCAAACUAUCUCGUUAUGACAGUAAAAGCAACAGACAAAGAUUCCGGAGAGAAUGGCAAGAUUGGUUAUCAUUUGAAAGUUGGAAAUAAAAAUGUACAAGAAACGGAGGAAUUUGUAAUUAAUGAAGAGACUGGAGAGUUACGAGCUAAAAUAAUUCUCGAUCGAGAAAUAAAGAGCAAAUUCGAGCUGGUACUAGUGGCAACCGACCAUGGAAAUCCAACGGCCUAUGAAACAUUGCGAUUACUGACAAUAUUGCUAGUCGACACAAAUGACAAUGUUCCUGAAUUCGAAGAUAGUUAUUCAUUUAAUGUGCCAGAAAAUCGACCAAAGGAUUAUUUUGUUGGAAAAGUCGUUGCCGAGGAUAAAGACGAAGGUCGACACGCUAAAGUUUACUACUAUAUCGUAACUGGCAACAUGGACUACGCGUUUUAUAUUGACAAAUCUGACGGAAGUAUCUACACGAAUAAAUCCUUUGAUCGUGAAAAAAGAGACAGCUAUGUACUUUCAAUUCUCGCUGCGAAUGAUCCAGAUCUUUAUAUUGAUUCACGUGCCUCUCAUCAUCCGAAUAAAAAUCCCGAGCACGGACAUACAAAUGUGACAAUAAUAAUUCUUGACGAGAACGAUAAUCCCCCCGUUUUUGAACGUAGCGAUUAUUAUGCUGGAAUUAACUCAAUGGCGAACAUCAAUGAACCAGUUGCAAAAGUUACAGCAACGGAUUUCGAUCUCGGAGAUAAUGGAACACUUCAGUAUUAUGUAGUUGGCGCAAAUCUCUAUAAAUACGGAUCAGAAAGAUCAAGCGGCUCUAUUGUGCCGAGUCCGUUUAAUGUCACUCAGGAAGGAAAGUUGGUAACCAUUGGAUAUAUGGCCGAAUAUAAUCAGGAUCGUUUUAUCGUUGAAGUUGUUGCCAAGGAAACUGCAUCUCCCGAAAGAUUUGCCACUACAAAAGUUCACGUUUGGGUUUUCGAACCCGCGCAAUUAAUACGUGUGAUAUUAUCUCGACCACCGGCCGAAGUUCAUCGGCAACGAGAUGAAAUUGUCGCUGAAUUGUCAAACGCAACGCAAAGUCGAGUCGUUGUUGACGAUAUUAGAUAUCACGUUGAUAGUUCGGGACACAUUCAAACAGAUUGGUGUGACAUGUACCUGCACGUUGUGAAUCUAAAGACACAAACAAUAUUCCCCAUUUCUCACGUGUUGAAAGUAAUUGACGCCAAAUACGAUUUUCUAAAAGAUUAUUACGCUGGAUUUGCAAUUGUCAAUGUUAUGCCGGCGUAUGCAGGAGUUCAAGAAGAACCAUUUGAUCCUGCUUUGGCAGCUUUGAUUGCUCUUCUUGUUGUUCUUUUGGUCGGUGCUGUUACGGUUACAGUCGUUUGCUGUUGCUUAAAACACUGGGUUAUCACCGUUCCGAACGACAUCAGAAAGAAGGAUGGUUUGAUUAAGAAACAAAUCAUAGAUGAAUUAAAUACAACGGAAAAUCCCUUGUGGAUUGAACAAAAAUUAAAAUUAUACGAAGAACAGGAAUUGACGAUGCAGGUCUUCAGUGAACCGGAAGGAGGUCUAAACACUGAAAGGCGAGGAAGCAAUGUAAGUAUUGGUAUGGGCGAUACAUCACAAGACAAUACUUAUGCGACGAUUCAACAUCCUCUGCCAAAUAGACGUCGUCCCACGACUCCUGAUUAUACAACUUUACCCGGAAAUCGCAACAUGUAUGAAGCUGCGAUGGGUUUUCAAGGUUCUACUUUUCAACCAUCGGCAAACGUGAUGCCGCAAUUAACGCUCGAUCGCGAUGGACAACCUCAAUUUGUUUCCGGUCUUGUGUGAAAACCUUUUUUUAUUCAAUUGUCCCCUCAACGUUGGGGAACACUUUCAAUUCUUCUUCCUAUUUUUUCGUAUACGUUUUACGAAAAAAAACAACAAUGCAAAAUAAAAACGACUGCAUUUACACGGAUGUGCCACUUUGACAAUAACCGGGUAGUAUGGUUAAUCUUCCGUGUAAGUACUCGCGUUCAAUUACAUAAACAUUAUUCUAGUGAAAAUUAUUUAGAUAUUUUUUUUUCUCAAUAUUUAAAUAUUUUGAAUUUAAAUAAUAAUUUCUGAGAAGACUGAGCUUCCAGGACAAAAAAAAAGAAUCUUUUACUAGAAAAAUAAUUUUUU